GGGUGAACCCAGAAGGCAGUGCAUACAGGAGAGCCUGGAACAAGCUGUUGAUUGAGUGCAGGGAACCACCUAUCUGCCCACCCUGGUGCUAAGUGUAAUCCUGGCCAGAAGGUCUCUUCUAGCUUCAAAGCUCCGUUCACACCCCUAAGACCUGCCUUCCCUUGUUGGGGACAGGUCUCUGUCUGGGGUCUCAGCUCCUGGCUGAAGUUCUCUGUCCUGGGCCCACAUCCAUGUGCAUUAGGCACACACUGUUCCCACUUUUGCUCUUCCUUGAGUUUCCCUGGCCUCAGGUUGGCUUGGGCUGGCCCCAGGGCCUGGCCCCUUCUACACAAUUUCCGGUACUCUUCCUCAGACCUUUGUAAGGAGGCCUGGAACUUAGCCUCCCUCCAGGCCCUUCAGAGCCUGCCCUAGGGGAUCAGGGCCCAGGCCACGCCUCCCACAGCCCUCUCCUUUCAGAUCCUCCUCAGCAUGGCCCCUGGCGCUACAGGCGUGGCAGGCUCUGGGCCGGGGCACCAAGGGGGCACUGGAUGACUUCUCAAUUGCAGGACCCUGCCAUCUAUGACUCCAGGUCUUCAGCACCUACCCACCGUGGUACAGCGCCCCGGGAUGCCGUCUGGAGCCCGAAUGCCCCACCAGGGGGCGCCCAUGGGCCCCCCGGGCUCCCCGUACAUGGGCAGCCCCGCCGUGAGACCCGGCCUGGCCCCCGCGGGCAUGGAGCCCGCCCGCAAGCGAGCAGCGCCCCCGCCCGGGCAGAGCCAGCCACAGGGCCAGGGCCAGCCUGUGCCCACCGCCCCCGCGCGGAGCCGCAGUGCCAAGAGGAGGAAGAUGGCUGACAAAAUCCUCCCUCAAAGGAUUCGGGAGCUGGUCCCUGAGUCCCAGGCUUACAUGGACCUCCUAGCAUUUGAGAGGAAACUGGAUCAAACCAUCAUGCGGAAGCGGGUGGACAUCCAGGAGGCCCUGAAGAGGCCCAUGAAGCAAAAGCGAAAGCUGCGUCUUUAUAUCUCCAAUACUUUUAACCCUGCGAAGCCCGAUGCUGAAGACUCUGACGGCAGCAUUGCCUCCUGGGAGCUGCGGGUGGAGGGGAAGCUCUUGGAUGAUGUACGUCCUGGCCCAGGUCUCUCCAGGUGUCCUGGGCCCAGUAAGCAGAAGCGGAAGUUCUCUUCCUUCUUCAAGAGUUUGGUCAUUGAGUUGGACAAAGACCUUUAUGGCCCCGACAACCACCUCGUUGAGUGGCACCGGACACCCACAACCCAGGAGACAGAUGGGUUCCAAGUGAAGAGACCAGGGGACUUGAGUGUGCGCUGUACCCUGCUCCUUAUGCUGGACUAUCAGCCUCCCCAGUUCAAACUGGACCCCCGAUUAGCCCGGCUGCUGGGGUUACAUACACAGAGCCGCUCAGCCAUUGUCCAGGCACUAUGGCAGUAUGUGAAGACCAACCGACUGCAGGAUUCCCAUGACAAGGAAUACAUCAAUGGAGACAAGUAUUUCCAGCAGAUUUUUGACUGUCCCCGUCUGAAGUUCUCUGAGAUUCCCCAGCGCCUCACAGCCCUGCUGCUGCCCCCUGAUCCAAUUGUUAUCAACCACGUCAUCAGCGUGGACCCAUCAGACCAGAAGAAGACAGCAUGCUAUGACAUUGAUGUGGAGGUAGAGGAGCCACUGAAGGGGCAGAUGAGCAGCUUUCUCCUGUCCACGGCCAACCAGCAGGAGAUCAGUGCUCUGGACAGUAAGAUCCAUGAGACGAUCGAGUCCAUAAACCAGCUCAAGAUCCAGAGGGACUUCAUGCUAAGUUUCUCCAGAGACCCCAAAGGCUACGUCCAAGACCUGCUCCGCUCUCAGAGCCGAGACCUCAAGGUCAUGACGGAUGUGGCUGGUAACCCUGAAGAGGAACGCCGGGCAGAGUUCUACCACCAGCCCUGGUCCCAGGAAGCCGUCAGCCGCUACUUCUACUGUAAGAUCCAGCAGCGCAGGCAGGAGCUGGAGCAAUCGCUGGUCGUGCGCAACACCUAGGAGCCCGUGAACAAGCAUCACUGUGGACCAGCCAGCCACACUGUCCAGCACAGGCCCUGGACUCUGGCCUCCCUCCCCUGCUGCUGUGGGGUUGGGGCGGGGGGGUGG